CGAUGAGGAGGAGGCGGCGGAAGAAGAGGAUCCAAAACAGAUGUCGAAAGAACGGGUCCUGGAGGCGAUACGUCAAAAAAAGGAAGCCAUCAUGCGUCUCCGAAGCCAACCGUGGAGCAUGCGACGAAAGCGACGUGCCUUAAAAGUGGCACGCCGAUAUCUAAAGCGUCAGCAGUCAAAAGUUUCGCGAUGGCACCUUUACAAGGUGGAAUUGGUGAGGCGGUGGACUACUUUCGGCCGAUGGUGUAGCAAUAUGAAAAUUUAUCUGAUACCUUGGGAAGCAAAAAUUAAAAUGAUUGAAAGUGAGCUGGAAUUCUGGUUAGCCGAUUCUCGAGGUGAUCCAGAACGACUAAAUCGAACAUACGACAUCAAAGUGAUGAAGGAAAAGGAUGUACCACGAGCAGAUGAACUGAAUACUGUUCUGGAUUUCAAGGGCUAUUUCGAGUACUCGUUAUUAUUUUAUGGCUACUAUAGUAGUGAGACCUAUUUCGGCGAUACGGUUCAGUACAGUGUGCCUGUUGCUUAUUUCACCGUAAAUCUAUUUAUACUUGGCUAUAGCUUUUUUGUCAUUCUGAGGAAGUGAGU